AUGGAUCCUGAGGAGAAGCGCGGGCCCUUUGCGCGCUUCCUCUCGAGUGGCAAAUACCCCUUGGACCAGCGCAUCGAGGACAAGAAGCGCGGGAUCGGGCGCCAGCGGUAUCCCUUCGUCGUCUGGGGCUUGACUGCGGCAAUGGUCGGUGUCAUGAUCUACGAGUGCGUCGUGAACUACCGCGAGCAGCACAAUCCGGUCUCGUUCAAGCCGACUGUGAACCCCAUGCUUGGCCCCUCCUCGUCGGCAUUGAUCAACGUCGGCGCUCGGUUCCCCCCAUGCAUGAAGCUGGUCGACGAUAUACCACCCUCCUUUGAGUUGCCCUGCAUGAACACGACGGAUCUCAAUGACGCUACCUACUGCACAAUAGAGGAGCUCUGCGGGUUCGGUGGCUUCCACGACAAGGAGCCCAACCAGUGGUUCCGCUUCAUCACCCCCAUCUUCUUGCACGCCGGUAUUGUGCACUUGAUCCUCAACAUGUUUGCGCAGGUUACGGUUAGCGCGCAGAUUGAGAGGGAAAUGGGAUCUGGAGGGUUCUUCUUGACCUACUUUGCGGCAGGAAUCUUCGGUAACAUCCUCGGCGGCAACUUCGCCCUUGUGGGCAUCCCGUCCGUUGGCGCAUCUGGUGCCAUCUUUGGUACUAUCGCCGUUACAUGGGUCGACUUGUUCGCGCAUUGGAAGUAUCAAUACAGGCCAGUGCGAAAGCUCAUCUUCAUGAUAAUCGAGCUUGCCAUCGGUAUCGCCAUUGGUUUCAUCCCAUAUGUCGACAACUUCGCACAUCUGGGUGGCUUCUUGCUUGGUCUCUUGGUCGGGACGAUCUUUUACCCAGUCAUCUCGGAGACGAAGCGGCACAAGUUCAUCAUGUGGAUCUUCCGCUUGGCUGCUAUUCCUCUUGCGAUCGUCCUGUUUGUGGUGCUGACGAGGAACUUCUACACCUCAGACCCGUACGCUUCAUGCCCUGGUUGUCGGUACUUGUCUUGCUGGCCGACGGACGCGAACAAUCACUGCAAGGGGUCAGUGCAGCUCCCAGCCUUGGCCUUCAUUCACUUACAUCGCUCCCAGGACUGGCUUGACGAACACAACUGUGACCACCAAGACGACCCGUGA